CGAGAGAGGGCGGGUCGGGGUCAGCUGCUGCAGGCGGGCGGGCGCGGGAGCUGUGGGCGGCCGCCGCCUCGUCUUUUGCUGCGGCCCUCCCUCCGCCACGAUGCCGGGGAUCGACAAGCUGCCCAUCGAGGAGACGCUGGAGGACAGCCCGCAGACAAGGUCUUUACUGGGUGUAUUUGAAGAAGAUGCUACAGCUAUUUCCAACUAUAUGAACCAGUUGUAUCAAGCUAUGCAUCGGAUUUAUGAUGCACAGAACGAAUUAAGUGCAGCAACACACCUGACUUCAAAACUUUUAAAAGAAUAUGAAAAACAGCGUUUUCCACUGGGGGGUGAUGAUGAAGUUAUGAGUUCUACUUUGCAACAGUUUUCAAAAGUUAUAGAUGAGCUUAGCUCUUGUCAUGCGGUACUUUCAACACAGCUUGCUGAUGCCAUGAUGUUCCCCAUUACCCAGUUUAAAGAAAGAGAUCUGAAAGAAAUAUUGACAUUAAAGGAAGUGUUUCAGAUUGCUAGUAAUGAUCAUGAUGCUGCAAUUAACAGAUAUAGCAGAUUGUCAAAAAAAAGAGAAAACGACAAGGUGAAGUAUGAAGUAACAGAAGAUGUCUACACUUCCAGAAAAAAACAACACCAGACCAUGAUGCAUUAUUUUUGUGCAUUAAAUACUCUUCAAUACAAAAAGAAAAUAGCAUUGUUAGAACCUCUACUUGGGUACAUGCAAGCUCAGAUAAGUUUCUUUAAGAUGGGUUCUGAAAAUCUCAAUGACCAACUGGAAGAAUUCUUAACUAAUAUUGGAACAAGUGUACAGAAUGUUCGCAGGGAAAUGGACAGCGAUGUAGAGACCAUGCAGCAAACAAUAGAGGAUUUGGAAGUAGCCAGUGACCCCUUGUAUGUGCCUGACCCAGAUCCCACAAAAUUUCCUGUUAAUCGAAACUUAACCCGAAAGGCUGGAUACCUUAAUGCUAGGAAUAAAACAGGCUUGGUGUCAUCUACCUGGGACAGACAGUUUUACUUCACACAGGGUGGAAACCUAAUGAGUCAGGCCCGUGGGGACGUAGCAGGAGGCCUGGCCAUGGACAUAGACAACUGUUCAGUAAUGGCUGUGGACUGUGAAGACAGGCGAUACUGUUUUCAGAUCACUUCUUUUGAUGGCAAAAAGUCUUCAAUUUUGCAAGCAGAGAGUAAAAAAGACCAUGAAGAGUGGAUCUGUACAAUAAAUAACAUAUCUAAACAGAUAUAUUUAAGUGAAAACCCAGAGGAAAUUGCUGCACGGGUAAAUCAGUCAGCUUUGGAAGCUGUCACUCCUUCCCCGUCUUUCCAGCAGAGGCACGAGAGCCUGCGGCCAGCAGGACAAUCUCGGCCACUGACAGCUCGAACCAGCAGUUCAGGAUCCAUAGGAUCUGAGCCCACAAAUUUGGCUGCCCUCUCUCUAGAUUCUCUCGUUGCUCCAGACACCCCAAUACAGUUUGACAUCAUUUCUCCUGUGUGUGAAGAUCAGCCUGGCCAGGCAAAAGCCUCUGGCCAGGGAGGCAGGCGUACAAAUCCAUUUGGAGAAUCUGGAGGAGGUACAAAAUCUGAAACUGAAGAUUCUAUUCUUCAUCAGUUGUUUAUUGUCCGAUUCCUUGGUUCUAUGGAGGUGAAAUCAGAUGACAAUCCAGAUGUUGUUUAUGAAACAAUGCGCCAAAUCUUAGCUGCCCGGGCCAUCCAUAACAUCUUUCGUAUGACAGAAUCACAUUUAUUAGUCUCUUGUGAUUGUUUAAAGUUAAUUGAUCCACAGACACAAGUUACAAGGCUCAUGUUUCCAUUACCCAGUGUAGUUUUGUAUGCUACACACCAGGAAAAUAAGAGGCUUUUUGGAUUUGUUCUUCGGACAUCAGGAGGGAGAAGUGAAAGUAAUCUGUCAUCAGUCUGCUAUAUAUUUGAAUCAAACAAUGAGGGUGAAAAGAUUUGUGAUUCUGUUGGACUGGCAAAACAGAUAGCUUUGCAUGCAGAACUGUUGUAUUCAUCUGGUCUUCAGGAUCGCAGGGCAUCAGAAAAACAAAAAGAAAUAGAGAGAGUAAAAGAGAAGCAACAGAAAGAACUCAGUAAACAAAAACAAAUUGAAAAGGACUUAGAAGAACAAAGUCGGUUGAUAGCUGCUUCCAGUAGACCAAACCAAGCCAGUAGUGAGGGGCAGUUUGUUGUCCUUAGCAGUAGCCAGUCAGAAGAGAGUGAUUUGGGAGAAGAAGGAAAGAAGAGAGAAUCAGAAGCAUAAACUUAUCCUUACUUUUUGGUUGAUAUUCGCCCCCCACCCCUUUGAAUUUGUUGACAAUUUCUGUGGUGAAGUGGCACAAGGUAACAACAAUGCUGAACUAUCAAGGAGACUAAAAUUUAUAUUUGCUUGUUUAUUUUAACUUCAUUUUUUAAACUAUGACUGACCUUGAUAACUUAGGUUUGCAUUGAUUUUUUUUUUCCCUUAGAAAUAAUAUACUAUGCAGUAACUUCAAAUUCCACAUGUCUAAAAGAAACCUGUUCAUAUCCCUGAAGUAGAUUGCUGAGGAAUUAGAGUUGCUCAAGCCUGUUCUUCCUUCAAAUUGUGAACUUAUUACCUUGCAUUGUAAUUGGCUGUGACCAUAAGAAAUCAUUUAUUCUUCAGCUUCAGGUAUUCAUGGAUAUGCUCCCUCUCUUUCAUUAGGAACAAUUGCUGGCAGUGAGGAAGCUUUUGACUGAAUAGGUUUAAAAUCCUUAUACAGAUAAUUCUACAAGUUUGCAAAUAUUUUAACAAUGUUAAAUGUGCAAUAGAACUUUUACAAAAUAAUUAGAAUAGAGAUUUUAGACUUAAGGUUUCAAGUUGUGGCAGGUGGUACUGUUGAUUUCAGGGCAUUUUCUUGGAUUGCUCGCAUUUCUCUGAUGUACUACACCUGAUGCCAGUGGGAAAGAAGCUUAAGUGUCUUCAGUUCAAGAUUGCUACAGCCCUUGGCAUUUUAUUAUCACAUUCUUAGUUCUCAGGUUGGGACUUGAAUUGUUGCUGCAGAGCAGUAAUGGUUAAAAUAAGAUUCUGGAGUUUAUUAAAAGGGAUUUUUUUUUUGUUCAAAUACAUUUUAGAUUAGGAUUUAACAUGUAAAGAUAUUGUUACAGGAUACAUUGUAUUUUCUGCAUUGUGUGAAAUAAUUUUUAUUGAAAAUCAAGUGACAUUUAGAAAGAAGUUCUAUAGCAAUUGUUUCCUGCUUAAAAAUUCUCAGAAUUUAGUUUAAAAAUGUAAUCUUUUAAAUUUCAGACUGAUAGCCCACAGUAUUUUCAUAAUUCCAUGUUUUUAUAAAAUACUGAUCAUCACUUUAUAUCCGUGAAGGCAAAUAAUAUAUGAGAAUAGAAUAAUUUGCACUAAUUAUUGUAAAUACUUGUCCUCUUUAAGUAAGUAGAGUGAAAGGUCUAAUUCCAUGAAAGACUGAAAAGCAAUUGAGUGCUUGUUAUAGGAGAGUCAACCCAGGAAGGAUUUUAACCUGGUGCCAAGGUUAAAAUGACAUUUCUCUACUGCCUAAUUCUGUGUCAAAACUUUUUUUUUUUAACUUGGAUUUUUAACAUUGCUGAUAGAAAUUAUGUUCCUGUGUUUCACAUGUAAAAGUAUAUAUGGCCAAGUUAAAUAUAUUGAAUAAAAUAUUUUACACAGUCAUGCAUUUAAAGUUUUCAAGAGAUUAGCCACUAAGACUAAUUUUACAAGGGAAAAGCCUUUUGUUAUUUGACAUAUAAUUUUUUCUUUUUAGUUCUGAUUUAGAAAUGGCAUAUAGUUCUCACAAUAUAGUGUGGGUGUUUCACACUGUAUAUACAUUGUUUUCUGUAGGAACGGGAUAGAUAAUUAUAUAUAGUAUCAUGAUUUUUUUUAGCCAUGUGCCAAAUGGGAAUAAUGAUUACUUAAUCAUUAUUUUGAAGCCUUAUGUUACCAAAACGUAUAGUAAAAAAGUAGAAAUUUAUGGAAUACUUUUUGAAAGAAGUUUAUUUUGUCCUUGCUAAAGGGAAUGCUUUCACAGUAGUUUGUGUAUCAUUCCUUUUGUAGAAAUUGAAAUUUCUUCUGUGGUCAGCAUUUGCUUAGUCACGGCAGGUCCUGCUUUUAAGACCUUUUUGAGAAUUAGUAAGCUUUUUGUUUCAGUAAGUCUUUUACUAUAAAGUUGUCACCUCACUUAGUUCAGGUGUAACUUGUCAGCCACCGUGCAGGGAAGGUGGUCAGCAUUAGGAGGCAGUUUUACUAGGCUGGUGCUUUGCAUGGUAGCGUACUACAGCCCUUGGUGAGCACUCUGGGUCAAAGUGUAGGCUAAAGUUAAGGGUACUGGCAGACUUAGGGAUGCUGGACAGACUUGUGGUUCCUUUUACAUCAUGUUUUGAUAGGAAUUUCCACAAUAACACACCCAUGUCUAUAGGUCAGACCAAAGUGCUUUCCAGUGCCAAAUAGAAGUUAAGUGUGGGUUUAACAAUUUUAGAUGAUUCAACUUCUGUUCCAUUACUGUAAACCAUAUGAACAAUUCCAUUACUGCAGAUAUUUAAGGAUCAACUUUAAUAAAUUCUGUGUUUUGUUUAAGGAAGGCUCCCCAUGGAUUUCUGCGUAAUGUUAAAGCUGAUCUUUGUUACCCUUUGAAAUCCCUUCAAGCUUUUGGAUGUUUUGGUGGUGAUUGAAUUAGAUUUUGGGAUAUCUUUCUCAGACUUGAACUUGCACUUAAUGGUUUUAGAGAUUAACAAAACUGAUUCUUUAAAAGGAAAGAAAUUAAGUCUACUUAAUUCUGCUAGGCACUCUUGCUACCUAUGUCAACAGUACUUUUGUAACUAUGGUAGUGAAGUCAAUAGAUAGGAAACUGAUGAUUCCUUCCCCCUUGUAAAAUUGGGAAAACUUGCUAACGAGGGACUAAAACUGUUGCCUUGAACACAGUCCCCAGUCUAGUUUUUGCCAUGUUUACAAUGAUUACUUCGUGUUUAAUUUCAAAAGAAUUCUCAGAUUCCACAGUCUAGGGGUGGUAAAUUUAUGUUACUUUUAUGCUUGAGGAAAGGAUAGUAUGGUGUGCAUAUCAUUCUACAUAACAUAUAAUCAUAUGUGGUAAAGGCAUCUGAGUUAAUUUUGAAUUAUAUAUAGGAACUGCAAGUAUUUAAGAUUUGAAUCUUCUUAUACCUGCUGACAGACCCUAAGAGCCUGUGUUUUGUAAAACCUCUGCCACCCAAAUUAAUAAAAUGAAAAUAUUAACAUUGGUUUUGAUAACAGCCUCCUAGCAUUCAAACUGUACUUUAAAUAUUCAAACACACUGAUUGUAGCAAGCAAGCCUUUGACUUUAUUUUUAUCAAGUUCGGCUUACUUUUCUUUCAUGAGAUUUUUUUCUUCCGUAUUAAUUAAUAAUACAUAAUAAUUUGAAACUGGAACUAUAUUAUACUUUUUAACUAAUCUCUUGUGGCUGUACUCGUGUAAUUUACUUAGGUUAAUAUGAGAACUGGGGAUUAAGUUAUAACUAAUGUGCAAAACCACUUUGUAUAUUUGGUGAUUUUGUAAUGUAAGUGAAUUGGUUCAUAUUUCACUGAUAUUGUUAAUCAUGCAUAUACAAUUAAAAAUUAUGCUUCAUUUCCCUUUAGAAUUAAAUUUGAAAAACUCGACUUUAUGUAAUGGUGGUAUACAUGUGGAGUGAAGAACUUAUUUUUUCAUUUUGUCAAAAUAAGUAUUCCUGACAAGGCUUCAGGAAAUAUGCUGUUAGGAUAUUUUUAAUGUAUAAUAAAGUCCAUGAUUUUUUUAUAGUCUUUUUUGUAUGAAAUAUUUGAUAUAUACUCUGAAUUUUACUUCUCCAAGUAAUUUCAAAUGAUGCUUAUAAAACAAUUGGACUUUUUCUUAAUCUGUUAUGAUACUGUUAUUACACAUCUAACCCUAUUGCAAUUCCAUAACAGCUAAAAUGGGAAAAAAAUGUCACUUAUGGGGAAAUAAUACUAAUUCAUAUCUACUGACUUUUUUCCUUUAGAAAAAUUAAGAGAAUUUUCAAUAAUUACCCUAGACAUGUUACAAUGUAUACUUGCUAUAUUGGGUCCUAUUCAAAGAAAUUCCUGUAAUUUAAAGGGUCAGGUUAUUGUGUACACCAGCUUAAGUGGCUUGGGCCUGUAGUUUUAAUACUAAUGCAUAUUCAUCCCCUGUGCUCUUUAUGGUUUCCUGUAGCACUUACCAAGUUCUGUUCUUCUACUGGCAGUUUGUUUUAAUUUGUUUUGAAUUUUGUAAAAUGUAUACACUUGUAGAAGGUCCAGGGAGUAGAUGAAAUUAACUUCAGAAUUAUGUAAUUUAUCUAGGUGCAUGUAUAUCUUAAAUAUAUUUGUGUAUCGACAUACAUAUAAUCUAGCACCCAUUUAUAAACAGACACCACAAUUUGAUUUAAAAAAAAUAAAAACUAUUCAUGCCAGC